AUGGGUGUGACAGAUGUCGGAGAUGACAAUUCUCAGAACACCAGCUCAUUGUCAAAACCAGCUUCACCUAUCGUAGGUCCUCAACAAUCUCAAGAAAAGCUCAGUACAGUGCACCUCGAAGAGGAAGAUGCAUCCCCGGAUUUUGAGACGGAUGCGGACGCCGAGUCGAAGCCUCAGGCGCCUACGCAAAAGAGACGACGUGUGACACGAGCUUGUGAUGAAUGUCGCAGGAAGAAGAUCAAAUGUGACGGGAAACAGCCCUGUACACACUGCACGGUCUACAGCUACGACUGCACGUAUGAUCAACCUUCCAACCGACGACGUAAUCCUGCUCCUCAGUACAUAGAGUCGCUAGAACAGCGGUUGCAGAAAGCAGAAGCCAUUAUAAGGGCUGCACUACCCGGUGUGGAUUUAGAUGAUCCCAAGUAUGACGCUCGUGGUAUUGACCAGAUCCUCGAGGCUGGUAAGGCGGCCACGGCGACAGCCAAAAAGCAAUACCGACGACCAGAAGACGAUGCACAAAUGCGGUCGAUGGUGGAUCGAACUGGAUCUCUUGACCUUGACGAUACAGGAUAUUACGAUUACCACGGUAUCUCGUCUGGCUACUCAUUCAUGCGCAAAUUCAGAGCUCAAUUCGGUGAUGACUUCCUUCCCAUCCCGAGACGUCUUGAGAAUAAAAAUUUUGCCAACGUGCACGGCUCGCCGAAAUCAUUUUACUCUUCCCCAGUCGAAACAGGCAUGUCGCUAAGCAACGACCUUCCACCCAAAGACGUCGCCAUCGAACUUUGCCGAAACGCAAUCGACGACUGUUGCGCAUUACAGAGACCUUUGCACCGACCCACUUUCUUUCGGAGACUGCAUGCUGUCUACAACACAGACCCUGAUAGUUAUACGAACGAGGACGUGAAGUUUCUGCCGUCUUUAUACUCAGCGAUGGCGAUAGGUUGCUUGUUUGGACGCACUGAUGAAAAUGACCGCAAUGAGCCUAACGAGAAAGGGUAUAUGCAUGCCACUGAACAAGGAUAUCAAUAUUUCAACGUGUCCAAGAGUAUGCUUGAUAUCACAGAUUGUCGUGACAUUUUAUCACUCCAAGCAGUCAUGUUCAUGAUUCUCUUCCUGCAAGGCACAGCUAAACUUGCCACAUGCUAUUCAUACAUCGGGGUGGCCUUGCGAGGUUGCUGCCGGCUGGGCAUGCAUAGAAAGAUUGUUGGUAAAUUCAACGUCAUAGAACAAGAAGAAAGAAAGAGGCUGUUCUGGCAAGUGCGCAAAAUGGACAUCUAUGUUGGAGCUAUGCUCGGUCUUCCUCAGAUGCUUAGCACCGACGACAUCGACCAGGACCUGCCGUCGGAAGUGUAUGAUGAACACAUUACUGAGGACAGUAUCCGCCCCGUCCCUCAUGAAGCGUUUUCGUUAAUGAGAGCUACUAAUGCUCAUACUAAGCUUCUGGGUAUAUUGCGAAAGGUAGUUCGAUACGUGUAUCCUGUCAAAUCUCAGAGCGACCAGUCAACUACUGAAGGCAUGAUCAGCCACAGCCUGAUUCGAGAGCUGGAAAGAGAUCUGCAAGACUGGAUGGAUGAGCUGCCUAUGCAGCUCAGACCAUCAGAGAAUUCUGAUAUUGAAUUGUCGAGAGUCCAGCAAUUACUUCGCAUGUCCUAUGCUUACGUACAAAUGAUGAUCUAUCGGCCCUUCCUACACUAUGUAUCACAAUCAUGUCAGUCGGCGAAAACUGAUAAGAGAAGUUUUGCAUGUGCUGCAGCAUGUGUAAGUGUGGCUCGCAAUGUUGUGCAUAUCACGUCAGAAAUGAAGAGGAGAGGACUACUUACUGGCGCUUACUGGUUUGUCAUGUACACGACUUACUUUGCGAUCCUCUCAUUGCUCUACUUUGUGCUCGAAAAUCCUGAAAGCAGUACCUCGAAGGACAUUCUGAAGGACGCCAUUGAAGGAAGAGAUACUCUUGCUAAUUUGGCAACUCGAAGCAUGGCUGCAGAUCGGUGCACAGCUAGUCUUUCUGGUCUAUUCGAAGCACUACCAGAAAAGUUGAACGAGCGUCGAAACUCAAUAAGGACGGCGACAAUGCCAAGUACUGCGAAAAAGCGACCACCUCCAACCAAUGACCCUCCGAUUUUUGGCCUCCCAUCGUCUUCUGCUCAGUUUGUCCCUGUUUCCAUGAACACACCACAGUCCAUAAACGCGACUCCUCUCAGACCACACGUUGAGCCGAGAUCAAUCAUGAGCAGGACAUCUGUACCAGACCAUGCGCCAUACCCCUUCACUCCGGCUACGACACUUCAAAAUGCGCCUACACCAGCAGAGACGAUGGGCUACAGCACUCCGCAGGUGGCAUCCCCAAUGCCAUUGGAUUUUGGUCCAUCGGCCAUCAUGCAGGGACAUCUGCCCGAUUUGAGGAGUGUCAUGUUUCCGGGUGAUAAUCCCUUCGCAUAUCCCAACCAACCAAUCAGUACAUUAGAUACCAUGCCCAAUUUGCCAAUUGGCAUUGAGACACCACCUGCAGGUGAUCAAAUUCACUCGUCAGCUAAUAUCGGCACGCCGGAAGCAUUUCAACGAUUUGAUGAUCGACCACUCUAUCCUGAGCGUCACUUACAGCCUCAAUUUUUCGGCAUGAACAAUUUUGCAGAGGAGCCAGGACGAAUGAAUUCACCAAUGCCGAACACGAACAACCUACAGGUCCCGGGACAAGGCAAUCAAGAGGACUAUUGGAGUCACGCCCCAGCUAGAGGACGUUUUAGGACAGGUCUUACACCAGGUGGGCAAGGAGUGAAUCUCGACCUUGACGACAUUUUUGGACAAAGUCAGAACUGGAACAUGAAUCUGAUGAUGUCGGAUCGUCAGCAUCAACAAGGAGGCAUGCCAUGGCCUGCUGAUGGCCAGAGUUGGCAGUAG